CGAUGCGCCAGUCUUCGAUCUGAUACCGGGCGGUUCGGCUGAGGUUUCUUGCUCUAUCCGUCAGAGUGUUAACACAUUUUUCAGCAGAAUAUUUUUUUUAACAGCCGCUUUAAAAAAAUCAAUAACUCAUUUGUGAUAUUCAUUAACACGUGAACCGAUUCGCAUCGCUUCGAAAUUAGCUUGCUCCAGCGAGACGGCCCGGGAAAACCCCUUUGUAACGUUUUGGUCACGGUAGACAGGCCAAGUGCUACGCAAAAUACACCGCCUACUUCUGUGUCGUGGAUGAUGUGCCAGUCCCUAGGAUAGGUGAUUCAGAGGAGAAAGAACGUCUGGCAUCAUGGAUAAGCGCUACGUACUAUCUGUUGUUGCACUCGUCAUUUCGUUGGUGCACGCUCAAACCAACGUACAAGUUCAGAACCGUCAGAUAUGGCACAACUACUGCUCGGCAGCUGCCAGGGGAAACCUUUUUGCCUCUUAUCAAGCAUUUAGCCCGAUAUGCGCCUCCUACAGUCCGGAAACUUGUUGUGACGUAGUCGCUCAAGCGAUUCGGUCCUAUCCGGAUAUGCAACUGUGUCGAACAAAGUCAGGAUUCCAACUUGGAGCUGUGGGUUGCGGAGUAGACCGUAGUAGUACAGAUUCAAUUCAAGAUCAACCCGAGCCCAGUAAUUUUCAUUUCCCUACAGAAACAUCCAGCCCGGAAGUUCCCGUGCGGAGGAGCGAACCAUCACCAACCACUGGUACGGUUCCGACCAGUACAGUCGAAGUGGUGGAAAUAGUCUUCAACUACAAUCCUCACGAUAAUGUUCGCGUAUCAAUACCGGUUCCCAAGACCAGCACGAUACAAGCGAAUAGUGGUUCUCAGAGGCCUACGGCGGGUCAAAAAACCCAGAAUGCAAGGCCAACGGGUCAACUUGGACAGCAGUCACAGAACCCUGCACCAAAUAGAAGACCAACUCCGAACGAAGAGACCAGUGACUAUGAUGAAGAGAUGCCGGCCGUUAUGGUGAAUACUCCGGGAUAUCAAGCAACGGAAUUCGCCUUGAACCUUUGCAGAAGUAUCGGUGGUCCAAACAAUGGGGACUCGGUAAUAAGUCCACUACUGCCUCAGUUACUCCUCGCGAACUUGGUCGAUGUGGCCAAUCCAACAACCAAACAACAAUUGCUCAAGGCUAUACGACUUUACCCCGAGCAACUCGAUAAACUAACGAAAUCACUUCGAGAUGUGUCGAAAUCUUCCGUAAACACCGUGGAGUUUGCAUCCGUUAACUUUGUAGCGGGAGACCUGAAGCUGAACAAAACGUACUCGGAAGACGCCCGUCUUCGAAAUGUGGAAGUCCUAGCUAUAGAUUUUCGUCAGCCAAAUCAGGCCGCCCGAAUUGCGAACAAAUGGGUUUCGGAAAAGACCCAUCAUCUUAUCAAUGAGAUCGUCAGUCCUGGAUCUGUCAGUCCUGAUACGCGACUGCUGCUCGCCAAUUCCAUUUACUUCAAGGGCAAGUGGAAAUAUGCUUUCAUCCAAACCGAACCAGCCAAGUUCGAAGCUGCUCCCGGACACGGUCAGCAGGUUAAUAGCAUGUACCAGUUGAACAAGCUACGGUAUGGGGAAAUAAAUUUCCCGGACGAUAACGGGCUCCGGUGGGUAGAGCUUCCCUACGAAGGCGAUACACUGGCAAUGUUAAUUUUCCUGCCUACUCAACGACACCAGCUGGAAGCCUCAUUCCGCCAGCUGCGUCCGGAAGAUCUGGCCCGAGUGUUGGCCGAACUUGACACGUCGUAUAUCAAAACUAAGGUGAAUGUACAUCUACCGAAAUUCACAGUCACCGACUCGGUAUCCCUGAAUGGAGCCCUCGAACGGCUUGGUGUGGGUUCGAUCUUCCACGAUGGUGACGCCUUAAGAUAUCUCAGCAACGAGGCAACCGUGGUAUCUGACGUCACUCAGCGGACCUAUCUGAGUGUGGAUGAGCUGGGAACGAAGGCCACCUCGGUCGCGUCGCUAUCGAUUGUACCGCUGAGUAUUACCCCUGAAUACCGGGAGAUUCGUUUCAAUGUGGAUCAACCGUUUCUGGUGAUGAUCGUCGACAAGAGAGAACGGUAUCCGGUGUUUAUCGGACGGAUCUAUGAUCCACAGGAGUGAAUUUUGUCGUUAGCUGUAAGGUGACAGAUGAAAAAAUAAAAAUGCAUUUUACUAUCUUA